AUGGCAUUUAUUGAAGUACCUAUACAAAUCGUUAAUGAAUGGAUAGGCACACGUUUACUUUGUGCCGUUGAUGCUGGUGCUUAUUUUGGUUCAACAGCGGUAUUCGUUCUACACCGUUCAAACUCUAUCGAUUGUCCUGAUGAAAAAUCACGUUAUAGUUCAAAUAUCUUUUCAAUGAUUGGCACUAUAUUUCUCUUUUGUUUUUGGCCAUCAUUCAAUGCAGGUGAUGAAACUGGCAUUGAUCGUCUUUAUGCCGUCACAUAUAUGUCUCAAUAUGUGCCUCAGUUGUUGGUGCGUUUCUCAUGUCAUCUGUUCUUAAAAGAGGCAAAUUCGAUAUGA